AUGGCCUCGCCGGCUGCCACCGCUAUUGGCAAAGAGCUGGGCUUCCACUCGUCCCUGGAAGAGAACCUCUUGGUCGGUUUAUUCAUGCUAUCCUUCUUUUUUGGUCCCCUGUGUUCGGCACCUAUCAGUGAGGCAUAUGGUCGCCGUAUUGUUUUGCUCGUAUGCAGUGUGUUGUUCAUUGUAUUCAACAUUGGAUGUGCCGUUUCGAAAACGGAGGCACAAAUCCUUGUUUUGCGAUUUUUUGCCGGAUUUUUCAGCGGCGCUAUCAUGCCGAUGGGGGGUGGUGCUGUGUCUGACAUGUUCCACCCACAUGAACGAGGCGUUGCCAUGGCAUUGUACUCUAUCUCUCCCUUGCUCGGACCUUGUCUCGCGCCUGUCAUUAGCGGUUGGAUCAUUCAAGGCUGGGGCGAGGACAAAUGGCCCUGGACGUUCUGGAUCGGUACAAUUAUUGCUGGGAUCAUAUUCUUGGUGGGACUGGUGUUAGUGCGUGAAACAUAUGCGCCUCGCAUUCUUCAGCUCAAAGCCCGCACACUACGCAAGAAGACAGGAGACAAGAGAUACCAUUCGGCCUUUGAGCUACGCGUGGAAACUGUAUGGCAAAAAAUCAAGCGUGUAUUCUUACGCCCUAUCAUUUUCCUGUUCACGGAAGUCCUCGUCGCUGUUCCUGCCUUGUAUCUCUCGAUCAUUUACGCCUGCUUUUAUUUGUGUAUUGUAUCCUUGCCCCGGGUCUUCGGUACUAUUUACCACUACAAUAUUGGCAUUUCCUCUUUAAACAACAUUGCCAUGGGCCUAGGCGCUAUCAUUUUCGGACAGAUUGGUGGUCGAUUCGUGGAUACUGUGUACCAAUCGAUGUGUAGAAAACAUGGUAUGCGUCGUCCGGAAUACAAACUCCCUUUUCUCAUGAUCACAGUAUUUAUCUUACCAAUUGGAAUGCUGAUCUUUGGCUGGACAGCCGAGUACCACAAGGUAUGGAUUGCGCCAGACAUUGGUCUUUUCUUGGUGGGAGCCGGCCUCAUUGGAAGCAUUCUGCAAGUACAACUAUACAUGGCCGAUCUUAUGACCAUCUAUGCUGCAUCAGCCAUCAGCGCCACUACCUCCCUUCGAUCUCUUAUGGCCUUUCUUUUCUUGUUGUUCUCUAACACCAUGUUCGACAACUUAGGAGUCGGGUGGGGUCUGUCUCUCUUGUCACUCAUCGUGGCCAUAGUCGGCAUUCCUGCUCCCUUCCUGUUAUACAAAUACGGCCCUCAAUUGCGAGCGCGAAGUAAGUACGCUGUCCAAGGAUAA